CCAUGUCUCUUUAAAAGCAACGGAAAUAGAAGGAAAAAAAAAACAGCCGAAGCUGAGCCACAGAAAAUAUCCAUGUUAGUAAAUAACUGUUUUAACCGUCUGAAUAGGUAACGGUUCUCCCUUCUUCCCGCCAUGAACGACCUUCGCUACCCCCAUCAUCUUCCUCUGUUUUCCCUCAUAACUCCUUAAAACCUUCUCCUUCCCAUCAAGCAAUUCACACUUCCUCAAGCGGAAUCCUUCGUGUUUCGCUUGAGGAUUCAAAUCUGGUAAUCAUAGUCUAAGAUUCAAAGGGCUUUCAUCAUCCCACAGAAAUGGUAGCACCUACGAGCAGAGCUAUGCUUGGGGUUCUGCUAACAUUGUCCUUGGUGGCUACUGCAUAUGCUGACAUUGGAAACUUCGAUGAUUACUGGAAAUCACGCGCCGCCAAGGCUGAGAAAGCCGCCGCCAAGGCCUUCGACCCUAAUCCAGAGAACGUCACCGACAUCCUCAAUGCUGAAGUUGAGCAGGAAUUGAGCGGAAGCAAUGAUACGAGAAGGAAUUUGAAGAGAUAUACAGGGCCAUGUCUAGCCACUAAUCCCAUUGACCGGUGCUGGAGAUGCGACCCCAAUUGGGCCAAAAACAGGAAGAAGCUGGCCGAUUGUGUUCUGGGUUUUGGCUGGAAGACCAUAGGCGGGAAGUUGGGUCCAUUCUACGUGGUGAACGAUUCGUCGGACUCGGAUAUCAUGGAACCAAAACCUGGGACCCUCCGACAUGCUGUGAUCCAAAAGGGGCCGUUGUGGAUCACAUUCUCAACCAACAUGGCCAUUAGGCUAACUCAGGAGCUCAUCGUGUCCAGCGACAAGACCAUAGAUGCAAGAGGCGCCAAUGUUCAGAUUGCUUAUGGGGCUGGCAUUACUCUUCAGUAUGUACAAAAUGUGAUCAUCCAUGGCCUUCGUAUCCAUCACAUCGUCAUGGGUAGCGGCGGAAUGAUCAGGGACUCUGUGGACCAUGUGGGUUUGAGGACAAUGAGCGACGGCGAUGGCAUUUCAAUUUUCGGUUCCUCCAACAUUUGGAUUGACCAUGUUUCCAUGUCCAAUUGUCAAGAUGGUCUAAUCGAUGCCAUCAUGGGAUCCACUGCCAUCACCAUAUCCAAUAGCCAUUUCACUCACCACAAUGAUGUGAUGCUGUUCGGAGCAAGCGAUGGGUACUCGAAUGAUCAGAUAAUGCAAGUGACAGUGGCAUUCAAUCACUUUGGUCAAGGGUUGGUGCAGAGGAUGCCAAGGUGCCGAUGGGGGUUCUUCCAUGUCGUCAACAAUGACUACACUCAUUGGCUUAUGUAUGCCAUAGGUGGUAGCCAGCAUCCCAUCAUUAUCAGCCAGGGCAAUCGAUUCAUUGCUCCUCCAAAUGUAAAUGCUAAAGAGGUGACAAAGAGAGAGUACUCGCCGGAGAGUGUGUGGAAGACGUGGACAUGGAGAUCAGAGGGAGACUUGAUGAUGAACGGAGCAUUCUUUGUUACCUCCGGCGACCAGAGGAAGAAACGACCUUUCUCAAGGAUGGAUAUGAUCUCGUACAAAGAAGGGACAUACGUUACCAGAAUGACACGUAUGUCAGGUGCGCUUCCCUGCUUCAUCGGCAGACCAUGCUAAAAACGACGCAAACUCGCCGUCAACGAACAGAAUUUUACUCUUUGGGUCACCGCUCAACUCAUUGAGUAUUAAUUAUUUGGUUGGCUCGACUGGAUUGGGUCUUUCUGGC